AUGAAUGCAGAAAAGGUGCAGCUCUCGGUCCAAUCUCUCCGAUUUGGCUCAUUCCCCUCACGCCGCACUGAGGCGGGGCCGCCCUGGCGGGGCCGGCAGGGGGCGCUGAGGGGCAGCGCGGCGCCCCGCCCUUCCCGCCGCCGCCGCCAUGGCGGCCCUGCCCGCCACCGCCGCUUCCUCGGCGGCUUCGUCUGCGGGGCCGGGCCGGGCCGCCGCGUCCUGGGCUGCUGGCGGCUCCUCCGCAGCCAGAGCCAGCCGGAGCCGGGCCCCGGGCCCGGGCCGGGCAAGGGUAAGCGCUUGCGGGCGCGGGUCGGCCGGGCGAGGCGGCACCGUGGUUCCGCCGGGCGGGAGAGGCGCGGCGCCUCAGCGCGGUUCCGCUCCCCGCAGCCGCUCCUGCCCUUAAAACCUCUCCCUACCCUCACAAAUGUCUACUCCCUCCCCUCAGAAGAGCCUUUUCCCUCGUGUCUUCCAUCCAAGAGUGCCCAAAGCGGGCCGGGAGAUCGGGGAGGGAGUGGGGUGGGGAGGACGGUCCCCAGUACGUGCACCGGGCUGUUGGGCGAGGAGGAACCAGUAGAAGAGGCUCUGCUGGAAAGAUAUGGAUUCCCUGAGGCUGGAACAGAAACCAGAUGUUACACAAAUCAUGCACUGUCUUAUGACCAGGCAAAACGGGUGCCUAGAUGGGUGAUUGAACAUAUUUCAAAACAGAAGACACUGGGCGAUGCAGACCGAAGGCACUGUAAAUUCAGACCAGAUCCCAACAUCCCUCUGAUGUUUAGUGCUGCCAAUGAAGACUACCUUGGGAGUGGAUGGUCACGAGGACACAUGGCACCAGCGGGAGAUAACAAAUUUUCAACAAGAGCUAUGGCUGAAACAUUUUAUCUGUCUAACAUUGUGCCUCAGAAUUAUGAAAACAAUGCUGGGUUUUGGAACAGAAUGGAAAUGUAUUGUCGGGAAUUGACUGAGAGAUUUGAGGAUGUUUGGGUAGUUUCUGGACCUCUGACCUUGCCUCAAACAAAUGAUGAUGGAAAGAAGAGCGUUACUUAUCAGGUAAUUGGAAAGGAUGAUGUAGCUGUACCAUCCCACCUCUACAAGGUGAUCCUGGCCAGACGGAGCAGGACGUCAGCAGAGCCCUUAGUGCUGGGGGCUUUUGUGGUGCCAAACGACCCCAUAGGCUUCAGCCACCAGCUGACUGACUUCCAAGUAAAUAUUGAAGACCUGGAAAAAAUGUCAGGUUUAGUUUUCUUUCCCCAGGUGGACAAAACCAAAGAGGUUAAAAAUAUCUGUGAGGUGGAUACCUGUAAACUGAUGGGCUUCAAGGAAUUCACGUUGUACAUCACUGCUCGGAAGGUGCAGAGUGCCCGUACCUUGCACCGGCUGGAGAAAGCCAUGUCAGAGUUACAGGAGGCAGGAAUUGAGCCUGAUGAGUAUCUUCUAAAGCUUUACAAGAAGAAGGAAGAAGAGCUACUGCAGGAAAAACAAGAAGCAGCUAGAGAGGGGAAAGCUGGCUAAGUACGUGUUCAGGAAGAUGUUGUACUUUGAAAGGGGAACUGAAGGCAAACACGAAGACAAGGGCUCCUUGAAUCAUCCUUUUUUUGAGUUGUGAAAACAAUAAAGAAAUAUUUGGAAGCUGA